AUGUCUUUGGCAGUCGAUCGCAUUAGGAGUCUCUCAGACCAACACCCCAAACCGUCUAAUAUCCACUUUCAGUAUGGCACUGCCGGAUUCAGAACGCUCGGAAGUAUCUUAGAUUCGGUGAUGUUCAGAGUCGGUAUAUUGGCCGCUCUGCGAAGUAAGAAAUUGGAUGGUAAGACCAUCGGAGUUAUGGUCACUGCAUCCCACAACCCUGAGCCUGACAAUGGUGUGAAGCUCGUUGAUCCCCGCGGGGAAAUGUUAGAAUCUGCAUGGGAAGUCCAUGCCACUGUCCUCGCUAAUGCACCGACAACGGAUGCCUUCAUCGAAGCCUUGGACACAUUCGUCCGAACACUCAAGAUAGAUCUGUCAAAACCUGCGAAGGUUGUUUAUGCUCGAGACACUCGGCCGUCAGGUCCCGCAUUGAUCUCGGCGAUCGAGGAUGGUAUCAAUGCUAUGGACGCCGAAGGGCGCGACGCCGGAGUGACAUCAACACCCGUGCUGCAUUACUUGGUGAGGGCAAUCAAUACCAAAGGCACAAAGGAUGAAUACGGAGAAGAUUCGGAGGAGGGCUACCUGAGGAAGCUUACUGUUGCUUUCAAAAAACUUGUGGCCGGAAAACCUGCUCCUCCCCCUUUACUCAUAGAUUGUGCAAAUGGCGUUGGUGCCCAGGUCGCCCACAAACUUGCGGAACAUCUUGGUGAUGCUGUCCGGCUGAUUCCUGUCAAUACGGCCACAACCACGCCUGGCGCUUUAAAUAACUCUUGUGGUGCAGAUUUUGUGAAAACAUCCCAGAAGCUCCCCCCUUCGUUGAACUCCCAGCUUACAGCUGGUCAGAGAGGAUGCAGCCUUGACGGAGACGCCGAUCGGCUGAUCUAUUACUACAUGGAUAGUCGCAACCAGUUCCAUAUGCUCGACGGAGAUAAAAUCGCUGCACUGGUGGCCGCAUUCAUCGUCGAUCUGACCAAAGCAGCUGGGCUUGAUGACCAGAUCAAAGUGGGCAUCGUGCAAACGGCCUACGCUAACGGUGGCUCAACUAAGUAUCUAUCGGAGCGUCUGCCUGUCAAAUGCGUUCCUACUGGUGUGAAGCAUCUCCACCACGCCGCAGAAAAAUAUGAUGUUGGGGUAUACUUUGAAGCCAACGGCCACGGGACUGUUCUAUUUUCUCCGGAGAGCCUUGAAAAACUCUCUUCCUAUGAGCCAUCUACUCCAGCUCAGUCCACUGCGCUGAACCACAUCAUCAACCUCACGCAAUUGAUCAACCAGACGGUCGGCGAUGGGCUGUCGGACAUGCUUCUCGUUGAGGUUGUUCUGUCGCACAAAUCCUACAGUGGAGAAGAAUGGGACUCAUCAUAUGUUGAUCUGCCGAAUCGAUUAGUCAAAGUCGUGGUUGCCGACAGGAAUAUUUUCAGGACCGAGGACGCAGAACGCCGGUUGAUCAGUCCGCCCGGUAUACAAGCCAAAAUCGACGAGCUAGUCCGUCGUUAUGAGGGUGGACGCUCCUUCGUCAGGCCGAGUGGAACGGAAGACGUUGUUCGGGUAUAUGCGGAAGCCAUGAACAGAACCCAGGCCGAUGAAUUGGCCUUCCGCGUGGCGGGGCUGAUCUAUGAUGAGACGGGUGGGGAUCCAGGUCGCCGUCCGGUGGAGUUUCUGUGA